UGUUUAGUUGUGGCAUUUUGGAAGGUACUCAAAUUCUUCAUCUUUAGGGAAUUACAUACACACAUGAAACGAGUUGGAAAAUCUUCCAAAAUUAACCUGUUUGUUUUAUAUUCUGGUAAAUGCAAAUGGAGAAACACUUUUCAAUACAAGUUUUUCUUGCUUUUACUGAGAUUCUUUUGAGCCACCACAGCUAGGUGGCUAAUGCUCUCUUUUCCUCAGAAGUUUACAAGUUCAAUUAUGUUCCAGCAUUCAGAUCGAAGCCGCGAAGGACGGUGUAGGUAAGGCCAUUUGUGGUAACGGUAAUGGUCAUGGAACCUCUUGGUUUAAGUACAUAAUGCUUCCAAGAGCAUCUCUAACGUGUUCUAAUUUUCCAAGGAACUACUAGAUAGAGUGUGAAUACUGAUGGAUAAUGAGCCUGGUCAUCAACAUGGACAUGUAACGUUGAUGCAUAUGAAUCUUUUCUGACUUGGGUUACACUUUAGUAGGGAUGUGUGUGAGAGAUUUCCAUGAUAUUUUCAUUACAACUACGGCUAUUUGCUUCUUCAAGUUCUUUUCGUCACAGAAGGUGAAACGCUAGGACUAUUCAUGUGGGUUGUGACUGGUUUUAUGGCCUUUGGUUAUAAUAGUUUAAAAGAAAGAAUAUUACUUUUCCCACGCUACGAGGUUCUCACGCCCCUAUUUUAUUUUCAAAAUGCCCCUCGGAUUUUAGAAUCCGAAAACCAGUUUGAAUUAUAAAAUCCGAACCGUUUCGAUAUAUAUAUAUAUAUAUAUAUAUAUAUAUAAGCAAGCUCAACAACUUACCCCAUUUUACAGUUUUGCUUUCUCUCUCUCCCUUAUCUCAAAUCCGAAACCCACAAAUUGGGUCCAAUGUUGGAGUUUUUUACUCAAAAUCAUCACAUUUGAAGCUUUAUCAAACACCAAAGUGAAGGUUAGGUCUCAUACCCUCUGCAUGCAAGUCUUUGAGUUCGAUUUUUUCUUCUUCUGAGCACUGAACGUGUUCAUAUUAUAAAAUUCGAACAUAGUUCGGAUUUUAUAUUCCGAAGUGUACUAGUAGGCAUUUUUUUUACAGUUUGGUGGAUUUCUGUUGAUUGUGUGUUACCCUUUUAUUCAUGUUACAUAUAUGGAACAUGUUGAGCGUAUCAAGGGUUAUGGAGAAGCAAUGCAUGGUUCUGUUAGGAGAGAGCGUUUGGAGAGGUUGCGGCCGAAUGGUAGAGUUCCCCGGUGUGGCAGGGGCAAGGGAAGGGCACAUUGUAAUGAUGGCGAGAGAUCAUCUCAGGUGGAGGAGCCAGAGUACGAGCCCCAGGUGGAGAUGGAGGUGCAGGUGGAGGGUGAUUCUGAUGCUCAGGAGGUGCGUGAUGAUGAGCAGCAGCGUGUGCAACCAGAGCCAGAGCUAGAGGAGCUUGAUGACUAUCCUGGUGGCCCACACGACUUGACUAUGCUGACGAAGUACCAUGUUCACGUGACCAAGAUGGCGGCUGAUGGAGUGUGGCGUGACAAUUUAAAAUGUGUAAACAACGGGAAGAAGAUAGAGGCGAUACAUGAUGAUUCAAACAAGGCUAGGAUGGUAGCACGAUGGUUUAGGGAUGGGCUGAGAGCCACGGUCUUUCAUGGCUGCAGGAUAGCAGCUACAACCAGAUUGACUGCAAGUUGUGUUUUGCAUUUGUGGAUAGAUGGCACGAGGAGACAUCGAGUUUCCAUCUUCCGUGUGCGGAGAUGACAGUGACACUCGAUGAUGUGUCUCGUUUGAUGCAUCUUCCCAUUGAUGGUAUGCUCUUGUCCAAUGAAGGUGUGCCCAGGGCUGAGGCUUUUCAGAUGACGAUGGAGUUGUUAGGGGAUUAUGAGGGAGACACAUGGACCGAGGUGGACAAGAGGAGAGGUGGGCAUGCACGAUUUAGCUAUUUGAAGAGAAUUUUCAAGGAGCGUAUUGAGGAGGCACAUGCGGCCUACCAUGCUCGUAAUUUGAUUGAGAGCGCCCACUAUGUGGAUGUUGCUUAUUUGAGGUACUUCAAAAACUUGGAGCUUGUCUCUGAUUAUGCAUGGGGAGUUGCUGCCCUUGCACACCUGUACAUGGAGCUUAACAAUGUCUUUCAUUACAAGACCAAGCAUCUGUCAGGUUACUUAUCUUUGUUGCAGAUAUGAAUAAAUAAGCUUGGGUGUAUUAGCAUUCCAGGGGCAUGGGUGCAUGCAUGGGGUGGAUAUCGAGACCAUCAACAUCCACACGCCUUGAUGUAUAUACCGCUCACGGGUAUGUCCUCACCAGACGAAUACAGACAACAUCUGGAUCACCUGGAUUUGGUGUGUGUUAUCAUGUCUUCGUAUGAUGACACCAUCAGACAUGUCCGUUCGAUCGGAUCAACCUUUACUCUAGAUGGCUCAGAUACGAUACUUGCAGGGUGAGAUAUUUGCCGGUGCGAGUGUUACGCCCGUUUGGGUAUGUCUUUUUUCCAUACAUUUCUCAUGAGUAUAUGAAAUAUGAAGCAUUCAAUUAUAAAAGAUAUAACAUAUAAAAAAAUAAUAAUAAGUUUGGUGAAAUUUUGGGUUAUAUACUUUUGAAUUAAUUAUAACCAAAUUAGAAUGGGUGGUGGCAUGUUAGACGAGCGGUGAUUGUUAGGUAAUAUUACUAUGAAGGUGGGGAUGGAAUGUCUGCAUCAUUUUGGAAGAACAUGUGGCUUGAUGGAUCUACUUUAGAAGUUUGUUUUAGUAGACUUUUUGAGUUGGUUGACAAUAAAUUAGAAAUUGUUGCAGAGAUGCAAUUUUUAGGUUUAAAGGUUAAUGGUGAGGCGUGGAAAUGGGGCCGGAGGUUGUCUGCGUGGGAGGAGAAUUUGGAGAGGGAGAAUGUGGGUCGGAUAUCUCAUUUUAUUUUGUAGGUUGGAGUGACAGACCGGUGGGUUUGGAAGCUUCAUUCUUCCCAACGGUAUACGGCUAAAAGUGCUUAUAAUAACUUGAUUGUUGUGUAUAAAUUGUCUGGUUGGAAGAGUAAAAAUCUUUCUUUAGGGGGUCAGUUGAUUCUCCUCAAGUUUGUACUAUCCUUCAUACCCGUUUAUUUUCUUUUCCUUCUUCAAAGUUCCCUCAGGUACCAUUUGAUUUGUGCGAAAUAUGGUAAGGAAAGGGGGUGUUAUGUUUUGGUCGGGGGGUUGGUGGCCAUUCUUUAACCAAAUUAGAAUGGAUGUUGACAUGUUAGACGAGUGGUAGUUGUUGCUUAAUAUUACUAAGAGGGUGGGUGAUGGGUUGUUUAUGUUGUUUUGGAAGGACCCGUGGCUUGAUGAAUCUACUUUAAAAGCUUGUUUUAGUAGGCUUUUUGAGUUGGAUGACAAUAAAUUAGCAACAGUUGCAGAUGCACUUUUUAGGUUGGAAGGUUAAUGGUGAGGCAUGAAAAUGGUGUCAGAGGCUGUUUGAGUGAGAGGAGGAUUUGGCGAGAGAGUGUGUGGAUCAGAUGUCUCAUAUUGUUUUGCAGGUUGAAGUAGAAGACCAGUGGGUUUAGAAGCUUCAUUCUUCCCAACGUUAUACAAUUAAAAGUUCUUAAAAUAAUUUGACUGUUACUGAAGUUGUUCACAAUGAAGGUUUCAAUCAUGUGUUGUGCCUCAAGACAGUAUCGCUCGAGGUUAACAUUUGUAUCUAGCAUUUGUUUAUGAAUCAUCUAGCAACAAAGGAUAACUUGUUUAGGCAACAUAUUUUGGUGAAUGAUGAUAAUUUUUGUUCAGCGGGUUGUGGUUUUGUAGAGGAUAUGAACCAUUUAUUUUUUAAUUGUGCUUCAUAUGGUCGACUUUGACUCUUGAUAGCUGGCUGGUCAGGGAAUUCAACUAAUUUUCACGGAACUUUACUAUAUCAUUCGAUUCAGUUUGGUGGGUUAGGAGGAUUUUUAAAGAAUUCUCGCUUGGUGUUUAACAUCAUUUGGAUUUCGGUGCUUUUUACUAUUUGAAAGGAACACAACGGGAAGAUUUUUUAGAACAAGAUGGAAUAAUUUAUUUCUUUAUCUAAAAAGGUUAAACUCUACUUGGAGGUUGAACCCUAUAUUGUGCUUACAAACUAUUUCAUAAUUCUUUGUAAUUUUUAAGUUUUGGCUACUUGUUAUAGUGUGGUCUGAUUUGUGUAAUUACUAAAUUUCUAAGGUUUAUCUGGUACAUCUUGUGCUAGAGAGGCAUCUUCUGAUUUUUUUUAAUAUAUUCGCUUAGCCA